AUGUUUCAUUCGUUUAUAAAUUAUUUCUAACCGAACAGUUGUCAUUGCCAUUCCGCGAUCCCCUCCAAGCAAACCGACGAAAUUAUUGCAGUAUAAAAUACAAGAACCAGUUUUAAACAUUCAAAAAUAUCACAAAUUUUAGUGUGUACAAAAUCUAAAAGUUCAUUGAGUUCAAAUGAGUGCUGAACAUCAACCAAAAAAGACCAAAAUGACGACAAGUUUGGAUCAAUUAAAAAAUUUAACAACUAUUGUAGCAGAUACAGGUGAUUUCGAAGCUAUGAAAGCUUAUAAGCCUACAGAUGCUACUACAAAUCCAUCUCUUAUUUUAUCUGCUGCCUCAAUGGAUCAAUACAAACAUUUAAUUGAUACGGCUAUUAAAUACGCCAAUAAAACUGGACAAAGUGAAGAAGAAAAACUUUCUGAUGCGAUGGAUAUGCUAUGUGUACUUUUUGGUUGCGAAAUUUUGAAAAUAAUACCUGGUCGAGUUUCUACAGAAGUAGACGCACGUUUGUCAUUUGAUAAAGAAGCCAGCAUAGCAAAAGCAUUAAAAUUGAUAGCUUUAUAUGAAGACAUGGGAAUAAAAAAAGAGCGUAUUUUAAUAAAGUUGGCGUCAACGUGGGAAGGAAUUCAAGCAGCCAAAGUUUUGGAGAAAGAACAUAAUGUACAUUGUAAUUUAACAUUAUUAUUUUCAUUUUGUCAAGCUGUAGCAUGCGCUGAAGCCGAAGUUACUUUAAUUUCACCUUUUGUUGGUCGUAUUCUUGAUUGGUAUGUUUCCAACUCUGACACCAAAACAUUUGAAUCCCAUUUAGAUCCUGGUGUGAUAUCAGUUACAAAAAUUUAUAAUUAUUAUAAAAAGUUUGAUUACAAAACUGUUGUAAUGGGGGCUUCAUUUCGCAAUAUUGGUGAAGUUAAAGCAUUAGCUGGAUGCGACUUGUUGACUAUAAGUCCCAAAUUAUUGGAAGAAUUGGGUAAAAGCCAAGAAUCUGUACAAAAAGCAUUAGACCCAGUAAAGGCAAAAAAAGAAAAUCUUCAGAAAAUUUCGUUAAACGAAGCGAGUUUUCGGUGGAUGUUAAAUGAAGAUCAAAUGGCUACUGAUAAAUUAUCAGAUGGUAUACGUAAAUUUGCUGCAGAUGCUAGAAAAUUGGAAAACAUGCUAAAAAAAAUGCUUUAAAUUAAGCAUUCAGUUAUUCGAAAGAAUUAUUUUGUUAAAUCGUAAAAAGACAUAUUCGUUAUUCCAAUCUUUCGUACAAUUUUUUAAAAUGUUUUAUAAAAACAUGCGUACAUAUUUAAGGAAACAUUGUUAUAUUUUCUGGUGAAAUAAAAAUGGUGUUAAAGCAUUUA